CAACACCAUUCAAUAUCGACGUUGACGCCGUGCAAGGACAUCAAAGACCAUUUGCGCCAAACUAGAUCAGGCGGCAAAGUCCUCUGAGUGUCAAUCAGAGGAGGGUCUGAAUAUUCAUUCUUGCCUCUGGCCGGGCCAUAUCCAGACACACAAUAUUUCCCUUGUUCCUGGCUAAUUCCUAGCCAUGCCCACAAUCUCCGUGGACAAGGCUGCCCUCUUUCGGGCGUUGGGCCGAGACUAUACGACGGAAGAGUUCGAUGAGUUAUGCUUCGACUUCGGCAUCGAAUUGGAUGAGGACACUUCGUUGACAGAGAGACCAAUAGUCGAUGGAAAGCAAGAGCCUCCUCAAUUGAAGAUUGAAAUCCCCGCCAAUCGAUAUGACAUGUUAUGCUAUGAAGGCAUUCAGCUCAUGCUCAACAUUUUCAACCGAAAAAUGACACCCCCUCAAUAUGUUCUCAAGGCCCCCGCCAAUGGUGAACUCCAGACAAUCACCGUGUCCAAGGAAACAGCACAAAUACGACCGUAUGUCUCAGGGGCCAUUCUUCGAAACAUCCAAUUCGAUCAGUCCAGAUAUGCAUCCUUCAUCGAUCUCCAAGACAAACUGCAUUCCAACCUGGCAAGACAACGCACCCUGGUCGCUAUUGGAACCCAUGAUCUCGAUAAGGUCAAGGGACCUUUUACAUAUGAAGCAUUACCCCCGAGAAGCAUCAAAUUCGCACCUCUCAACCAAACCAAGAUCAUGGAUGGCGAAGAAUUGAUGGCCUUCUAUGACAAGGACAAGCACCUUGGCCGCUACUUACACAUCAUUAGAGAUUCGCCCGUCUACCCUGUCAUUUACGAUUCCAACCAUGACGUCUGUUCCUUACCGCCUAUCAUCAACGGCGACCAAAGCAAGAUUACCCUCAACACCACCAAUGUCUUCAUCGAGUGCACAGCAACAGACAAGACCAAAGUCGAAGUCGUGAUCAACAUCCUGGUUGCCAUGUUCAGUCAAUACACAUCUGAGCCGUUCACCGUGGAACCCAUUCAAAUCAUUUCUGAACACAACGGCGAGUCUCGACAAGUCCCCGAUCUUACCCCACGAGCGACCGAGGCAGAGGUGGACUACAUCAACGCUUGCUGUGGUUUGAACCUCUCCGCAACCGAGAUUUGCCAGCUCCUUCGUCGCAUGUCCUAUACGGCGCGGCCAUCAAAAUCCGACUCUAAUCUCAUUGAUGUCGAUGUUCCACCCACCCGCGCCGAUGUGCUACAUCAGGCAGACAUCAUGGAGGAUGUGUGCAUCGCCUAUGGCUUCAACAAACUUCCCAGGGCGUUUCCCAAAGUCGGUGCCACGGUUGCUGCCCCGUUGGCCAUAAACAAACUUGGUGAUGUACUAAGAUUGGAAGCUGCCAUGGCCGGAUGGGCCGAAGUUUUACCCCUUAUCCUUUGCUCACACGAUGAAAAUUUUGGCUGGUUGAAUCGGAAGGAUGACGGCAAUACCGCUGUUCGGCUAGCCAAUCCCAAGACUGCUGAGUAUCAAGUGGUUCGCACGAGUCUAAUUCCCGGUCUGCUCAAGACAAUUCGCGAAAACAAACACCACACCAUUCCAAUGAAGAUCUUUGAAGUCAGUGAUGUGGCCUUCAAAGCUCCGGAAUUGGAAAGGAAAUCUCGCAAUGAACGCCAUUUUGCUGCCGCGUGGUACGGCAAGACUUCUGGCUUCGAGGUGGUACAUGGACUACUUGACCGUAUUUUGGCCAUGUUGAGAACCGCAUUCAUAACCAAGGAAGAAGGACUUGAGGCUAAGAACGGUGCUAGAGGGAGCGACAUUCACUACUGGAUUGAAGAGGUCGAUGACCCCAUGUAUUUUGCCGGUCACGGAGCAAGUAUUCAUGCCAAAAUCGGCGAGAAGGAGGUUCAGAUCGGCAGUUUCGGUAUCUUGCACCCCACUGUCCUGGAAAAAUUCGACUUGAGGUACCCUGUCAGUGUACUCGAAUUUAACGUGGAGGUGUUCUUGUGAUAGGUCAUAGAUUGAAGCAUGGGAGCAUGCUGGCCGCCCGGGGGCCACAAGGGGCCGCCGGCCUCAGUGUGCCCAAUGCGCGACAUAGAAUAACGCAUGAAAGUUAGACUUCUGCCAGUAUCUGAU